AUAUGUAAAUAUAUAUGUAUGCGUGAUGGAUCGCAAAAUGCUGGAAAGAUAAGUCUCGAACGUAACCGGUUACCUUAACAAAUUAGGAACUAUACCAUUUUCCCGAUCCCAAUUUCAAAUUGGAAGUUGAGCAAUUAAAACGAGUGCUAAAGUGCUGCAAGCUCGGUGCAGGAGGAGGAGGAGUUGUAGGGAAAAUGGCGCAACCGCCAACAGAUCAAAAUUUUUAUCAUCACCCUCUGCCGCACACACACACACACCCGUCGCACCCCCACCCGCAUCCUCAUCCCCACCAUCAUCAUCAACAUCCGCAGCUGCAAUUGCCGCCACAAUUUCGGAAUCCCUUCGAUUUGCUUUUCGAUGAGCGAACAGGGGCCAUUAACUACAAUUAUAUCCGUCCCUAUCUGCCCAACCAGAUGCCCAAGCCCGAGGAGCUGCCUGAUUCCCUGGUGAUGCGACGGCCACGACGCACUCGCACAACAUUCACCAGCAGUCAGAUAGCCGAGUUGGAGCAGCAUUUCCUGCAGGGACGCUACCUGACCGCACCACGACUGGCCGAUUUAUCGGCCAAACUGGCUUUGGGCACGGCCCAGGUGAAGAUCUGGUUCAAGAAUCGUCGUCGUCGUCACAAAAUCCAAUCGGAUCAGCACAAAGAUCAGUCCUACGAUGGCAUGCCGCUGUCGCCGGGCCUCAAGACCAGCGAGGGAGACCCGCCCAGUCUGCAGAAUCUCACUUUGGGCGGAGGGGCCACACCAAAUGCCUUGACUCCCUCGCCCACCCCUUCGGCAACGACAGCCCACCUGGUGGAGCACUAUGGUGAGACAUUCAAUGCAUACUACAACUACAAUCAUGGCCAUGGCCAGGCUCAAGGCCAGCGCCAUGUGGGCCACGUCCAUGGGCAGUAUUCGGGGGCACCAGGACCCCAGAAUGGAGCACAGUUUUUUCAGGCACAACAGCAGCAGCAGCAGCUCCAUCAGCAGCAGCAACAGCAGCCGCCACACCACCAUCAGAAUCAUCAGCAGCAACAGCAGCAGCACCUGCACCAUCAACUGCCGCACACAAACCACGUGCCGCAUCAGAUGCAGGCCCAGCAACAGCAGCAACAGGAGCAACAGCAACAGCAACAGCAACUGUAUCAUCAUUUUGAUUUCCAACAAAAGACGGCCAGCGCCUGUCGGGUGGUCAAGGACGAGCCGGAGGCCGACUACAACUUUAACAACUCGUAUUAUAUGCGCUCGGCCCUGUCUGGUGUUGGUGUCGCCGCCGCAGCUGCUGCUGCUGCUACAGCCGCACCCGGAACAGCAUCGUCGGCCGUUGCGGCGGCGGUGUCGGCGGCGGGUGAGGUGGUGACGUCUGCCCUGUCGCCCGGCUCCGAGGUCUAUGAGCCAUUAACACCCAAAAAUGACGAGAGUCCCAGUCUAUGUGGCAUUGGCGGCCCCUGCGCCACGGCUGUCGGCGACACGGACAUAGCCGACGACAUGGACGAUGGGACGACCAACAAGAAGACGACGACGCUACAGAACCUGGAGCCGCUAAAGAGCCAUACGGUUGUGGUUGGUCUAGACAAAAGCUGUGACGAUGGCAGCAGCGAUGACAUGAGCACAGGCAUGCGGGUGCUGUCGGGUCGCGGAGCCUUUGCCAAAUUUGGCAAACCAUCGGCCGGACAGGCCCAACCACCGCCCCCGCCAUUGGGGAUGAUGCAUGACACGAACCAAUAUCAAUGUACGAUGGAUACGAUAAUGCAAGCGUAUAAUCCGCAUCGUAAUGCCGGAGGCAACACACAGUUUGCCUACUGCUUCAACUAGUAGUAUUCCCGGGGUAGAUUUAUAUAUAGACUUAAGCGAAAAACAACCAUAUCUGUUGUUUCCUGAUUGUACAAAGACCAAAUUGAUUGUAGAUAUCUGCGCGUAGUUAUUUGUAAGCCUGAAUUGUAAAUUUGUUCUUAGUGUUUUUAUGUACUAGCCUAGUCAGCAGGCGGCACAUUUCAAUGAUUCUUCAAGUAAUACUAUAUAUAUUUCUCACUUUUAUCGACAACUUUCUCUGCCAUACGUUCGUUGCUUCGUUUGUUUUUGGUUGGGUAUUCCCCCAAAAGCCCAGGGAUACCCUGCUAAAACCAAAUGAGGUGUUUUAUUGGGCUUGAACGUAUGCCAGAGAAAGUUCUUUCCCACAUUUUAAGUUCCUCAAAAGCAAAGGAAUCUCUGUACUGUAACAAAUUUUGUCAUAGCUAAAACCUGUACUUAUCGAAAUGCAAAAUGUUUCUCUUGGUUGGUAAUCAUACAAAACUGUAUUAUUACCAGCUAAAGAUUGAACAUUUAAACAAUUCCGAAUACGCCAUGACAAAAGCGUUGGCUUGUUUCGACAUUUGGACAUUCUUUCUACAAGAAAUGUCAGCAAAUUGUCUGCCAAGACAAACCAAACAUUUGUUUCGUUCUAGGAUUCUUUUACUGAAUUAUUUAUACACAUAUUUAUAUCCUAAGUUUCCAUUUGAAUAUCACUUCAAGAUGCAUUGAAAUCUGCUUAGCUUCGAUUUGUAGUUUAAGAACCACGGUGCACCAUUGUCAUAUGUUCUUUUUUAUAAGCUUUUUUGUGUGUAAAGUAAUUCUUUGGGAAUAUAUAAACAACAUAUGAUAUGCUUCCCAAAAACUAUGCCACCAGGCGCGUAUGUUAAAAAUCUUUCUGAA